AUGAAAUCCUUCCUGCUUGCAGGCCUCAUCGCCACCGGCUCCGCUAUUGGGGCCGUGGCCUCUCCCCGUGUCCACGCAUCGCCAAAGGGUAGUUCGUAUGACUACAUCAUCGUGGGUGGAGGACCGUCUGGUAUCAUCACUGCCGAACGCUUGAUUGAGGCCAACAAGACUGUGUUGUUGUUGGAGAGAGGCUAUGGACCUACUGUGGCUACUGGAUCCAACGAAACCCUCGUCUGGAACAAGACAUUGACUGCGGUUGACCUGCCUGGACUGUCUGCCGAUAUUGGUAGCCUGCCUCAAUGGGAGGAAUACCUUUGCUCUGAUGUCGCUGGAUGUGCCGGUUGCGUGCUGGGAGGUGGUGUGACCUUGAACUACAUGGUCUUUGUUCACCCGCCGGACCGUGACUUCAACGAUAAGUGGCCCAAAGGAUGGAAAUGGGACGACGUGAAGCCUGCUGCAGACAGGCUCUAUGAGCGCAACCCCGGAACCAUCUUGCCCUCCGCUGAUGGCAAGCGCUACGACCAGGGUCUCUACAGCGUCCUGUCCAACUUCUUCAACAAGAUCGGCUGGAAGUCCGUUGACAUGAUUGCCGAACCCAACGAGAAGCACGAGGUCUACAGCUACCCCGCCUGGAACAUCAAGGAUCAGAUGCGUGCUGGUCCUGUCCGCACGUACUUGCCCUUGGCUGAGAAGAGCAAGAACUUCAACCUCCGUCUCGGCACCAAGGUGCUCCGCCUCCUGCGCGCCGGCAGCCAGGUGACUGGUGUGGAGGUCGAGAACUCUUUUGGCCGUCGGGAGAACAUCACCCUGGCAUCCAAUGGAAGAGUCGUCCUCUCUGCCGGUGCUCUCUCCACUCCUCGUAUCCUCUUCAACUCCGGCAUCGGACCCAGCUCCCAGAUUGAGAUCGCCCAGAAGAGCGGCGUGAUCGUCCCUCCCAAGAAGGACUGGAUCAACCUUCCCGUUGGUAUCGGCGCUAAGGACCACCCUAUCUUCUCGAUUAUCGUCAAGACCAACGGUACCAGCUACGGCCUUCCCGACUACGACGCCAUCGUGAACGGCUCCGAUGUCUCCGACAUCAGCCUCUACGCCCAGGGCAACGGUCUCCUUACCGAAGGAAAGCACCGAAUGAUCUUCUUCACCUCCAACGUCGUUGACGGCCAGAAGCGCUACUACCAGGGCUCUUGUGCCCCCUCCGACACCAACGUCGUCACCAUCACCGCUUACAUGACCCACGGCCUCACCUCUUCCGGUGUGCUCGGCUUGGACACUGAUGGCACCACCGUCUGGGACAAGUCUCCCUACCUCCAGACUGCCGGUGAUCGCGCUGCCGCUACGGCUUUCCUCCAGCAGAUGGUCGGAGAAUUGACCGCCCCCUCUACCGGAUUCAAGCUGGAGACUUACACCAACGUCUCCUCCAUCCUUGGCAGCCUUAGCCCUGGUAUGCACUACACUACCACGGCCAAGAUCGGUACGGACGAUGGCCGCUAUGGCAACGGCACCUCGGUCGUUGACCUCAACACCAAGGUCUAUGGCACGGACAACCUGUUCAUCGUCGAUGGCAGUAUCCACCCUGACCUGCCUACCGGUAACAUCCAGGCUACUAUCAUGGUUGUUGCCGAGGCUGCUGUUGCUAGGAUCCUUGCUCUGCACUGAUCUUGCAAUCGUCAUCAUGUUUCCUAUAGCCUAGCUCCUUGUAGUUCUACUAGGAGCUAUGGAAUAACCUUUUCAUUGUAUUUCUACGUUCAUGGGAUAGACUAAUCUAAUGUGAUCAAUAAUGAUGAUGAUCAAUCAAUGAAG